AAAACGAUAAAGACGGCUGGCCUACAUUUCCCGGAAACAGAGAUUAAGUCAUGGCGGCCGUGUCUGUGUCUUCUCGCGGAGGUUUCAGUUUCGAAAACUGUAAAAGGAAUGCUUUACUAGAAGCCAAGCUUGGUUGUAGCUUCCCCUUGGCUCGCAAAACUGGAACAACAAUUUGUGGGGUCGUGUAUAAGGAUGGAGUAGUUCUGGGAGCAGAUACUAGAGCAACAGAAGGAAUGGUAGUCGCAGAUAAGAACUGCUCUAAGAUCCACUACAUCUCUCCUAACAUCUACUGUUGUGGAGCUGGUACAGCAGCAGACACUGAGAUGACAACUCAGCUGAUCUCAUCUAAUUUGGAGUUACAUUUACUCUCCACCAACCGCCUUCCAAGGGUAGCCACUGCCAAUCGCCUGCUUAAGCAGAUGCUCUUUAGAUACCAAGGUUAUAUUGGAGCAGCACUGGUGUUGGGUGGGGUUGACUGCAGUGGUCCUCACCUGUACAGCAUCUACCCCCAUGGCUCAACAGAUAAGCUACCCUUCGUCACCAUGGGCUCAGGAUCCCUGGCUGCUAUGGCUGUUUUUGAAGAUCGAUACAGACCCAACAUGGAGGAAGAGGAGGCAAAGGAUUUGGUUCGUGAUGCAAUAGCAGCAGGUAUUUUUAACGACCUGGGCUCUGGAAGCAACAUUGACCUGUGUGUGAUUACUAAAGGCAAGGUAGACUACUUAAGACCACACACUGAGGCCAACAAGAAGGGUAUCAGAACUGGUGACUACAAGUACAAGCGUGCCACUACAGCUGUUCUUUCGAAGGCAGUGUCUCCACUCCAACUUGAGAUGCUGGAGGAGAGCGUGCAGACAAUGGACACUUCCUGAAGAUACAGCACCGACCCUUGACCUUAUUACGGAACCUAUUUAGUUUCUUGCAUGUGGAAAUGUUUUAGCCACUGUUGAAAUAAAUUCACUGUAAAGAG